UAGUCGUUUCGAAACAGUUGAACGGUGUAAACAUACGCGCAAUAUACACGUAACUCUUUCGGUUUUUUGGAUCCAUCAGUUGUAGUUGUAGCCCGUGUGUGUUCAGUUCGUCCUGCUCCGUGUGGGUGUGUGAACCUAAAUGCUGCCACCAAGACACAGACAUUUGCCGUCAUCUUUUUGAGUUGUGUUUCGGAGAUGUGUGUGCGCGGUUGUUUGAAAACGGUUAAAAUUCAAAUCGCUUUUUCAAAAGUUCAAGCGAGUGAUAACUAAAAAAUUCGAAAUUAAUGUGAAAGACGUAACAACACCAUCGAAUAUUUGGCCAUAGGGAACAAAAAACGAUUCAUUGCCGCUUGCUCCAGAACACCAUCAGCAGAGGUGGCUACAAAGACGGCAACGAUGACAACAACCUGGCUGUAAACCAAAUUGAAGCAAAACUCAACUAGAAAUUUAAGAGGAGAGCGCGUAGAUUUCCUAAACCAAACACUGACAGCAACAACAAUCUACACAACAUUCCACGAAACGCCACGUGAUUUCCUAAAAAAAACGAUAAAUAAAUAAAAAAAAUCAUCUUUAAAACCGAAACCGAGCAGGAAGACAGAACAACCAAGUAACCUUCAAAAAUAUAUCACAGCUCACGUGAGAUCUCACUGAGUGAUUCAGUGUGUGUUCGUCUGCUGUCUACCCAACGCGUCUGGAAAAGUCGCAGACAACCGAAGGACUAAGAAAGCAAAGAGACAGGACUCACAGACUCCGAAAAUAAACAACAAAAUACUUCUGUUAAAUGCUAAAGGAAUCGGAGGAAAUCGUUAAAAGGCGUAAACUGUCGUUGUCGGCGACAGACACUGCUACAAUUUCAGAUAUUGUGAGGGGCGAAUCCGCCAAUAUUCCGCCAGGAACGCCCCCUACACCUCCGCCACUAAAUAUGGCUAUGGAAAUGGAUAGACCAACAGAGGCUCUGGCUUUGACCACACCACGGACGUCGGCACCAGCUGAGGCUGGCGUUCCAGAACACCAGACCACUCCAAACACAAACAACACAGCCGGCAUGGUCAGCGCCCUGCUGGCCAACAACGUGACCACAACGACAGCAGCCACCAUACCCGACCACUACAGCCUGCGUUGGAACAACCACCAAAACCACUUGAUGCGGGCUUUCGACGCCCUACUGCAGUCGAAAACAUUGGUUGACGUCACCCUGGUGUGUGCUGAGACCAGCAUCAGGGCCCACAAAAUGGUUCUCUCCGCCUGCUCACCCUUCUUCCAAAGAGUGUUCGCCGAUACGCCGUGCAAGCAUCCCGUCAUCGUCCUGAAGGACUUCCGCGGCUGGGUGGUGCAGGCCAUCAUUGACUUUAUGUAUCGCGGAGAGAUCAGCGUGCCCCAAGAGAGACUGCAAACGCUGAUACAAGCUGGGGAGUCCUUGCAAAUCCGCGGCUUGGUUGAAAGUUCCAUUCCCGAACACACACCAACACCUGCCGCCUCCCCUGAUGACUUCGGAAUGAUCGAUACAUCGUUGCUGUCGCCUGAAAUCGGGAGAUGCUCGAGCUUUGACGAGGAAUCACCCUCCAUGGUUACGCAAGGCUCAAAAAUUAUUCUGCCCUCUAGGCUAUUUGGUGGGUCAUAUCGGCGCGAAAAGGAACGAAAACGGGAACGGGAACUGGAACCCGAUUUCGAAAGUGACCAUGAGUUGUUGAACGAUUCACUGACCAACAACGAUCUGUGCACUUCGCCCAUGCCAAGACGCAAGCAGGCCAGACCGAGAAGAAGGUCGGGAGAAUUGACGCACGACAUGAUCGGCAACAAGCCCCCUACUCCUUUACCCUCCGUCGAUUGUUCUCAAAAUAAUGAUGGACAACAGACUCCUGUGGAGGCCAAGUCCGUGGGUGUUCCAGCUGCAGAAGACAGAGAAAGCUUAGAUGCGCUCAAAACUGUGAUCAAAUCUGAAAUAUCCGAGACGUUGGAGGACGACGACUCUAAUGCCGGUGAGCACGACAGUGGAAACGAUAGCCACGACCACCCCGAAGAGCUAAGCGAUAACCUAGCUAGUGGCAAGUGCCCCUUUGAGAAUGAACGGCAUCAAGCCCCAUUAGCUGAGGCCGAAGACUUGGAGGAGGACGAUAACGAAGAGCCUGAGGACAUUGAAGAGCUCAUCAACAGCACCAAUGAACUGAACAGGAGACGGAAAUCCGCCUUGUCCGUUCACUCCGAUGGUCCCGAGGACUUGUGUACAACGAAAAAGGACAACGACACGAGUGGACAUCAUUCGGCUUCUGACAAUGAAGACGCCUCGAACAACAACAACAACAGCUCCAAAUUGAACAACAACCACAACAAUAACAACGGCAAUCGUAUUGUGCUCUCCCUCAAAGAUAUACGCCAACUCAACAAACCUUCCUCCUCCACACCCAACUCCGCAUCGAACAACCUGAAUCCCUUUUCCGCAACAAGUUUGCGAGACCUGCGCUUGGACCGCUCCUCAAUGGAAAAUCAGUGCAAAAUAGAAGCCUUAGAAGCUCAAAUGCAAGCAGCCGCAGCAUGCGCAGCAGCUGCAGCGGCGAACGGUGAAAACCCUUUUCAGCACAUGGAACAUCAAAUGGAUCUCUCGUUGGCUGCAGCAGCGGCGGCGGCAGCGGUGUCCCACCAGCAGUCGCGCGAACGCGACCACGCCAUGCAGAGAGAACAGCGCGAAAUGCAGCAACACAAUGCUUACGCCAGUAGCAUUUUAGGACAAAUGGGAAUGCCGGGUAUGCCGCCUUUUUGUUCCGGCCCCGGAGCUCCACCCAGCGGUGGUCCGGGAGGUCCUUCGGCCCAUGAACGCUUGGAGGAGAGUAUGAAUCGCUUGAGUAAGGAAUUUACACCCACCUCCCCCAUGAGCCUGCCGCCCCCAUACAAUCCCCAAGAUGGACCACCGCACCCGCCCUCGCCAUUGCCCUUCCCCGGUAUGUCGUCAGCUCUGGCCUUAACGCCACCGCACAUGUUUGGAUUGGACUCUCCAUUGGGCCUCUUUCCGCCGGGCAUUGAUCCUGGAAAACUUUACAACCCACUCAUGGAAAUGUCAGAUCCGCGGGGAAUGCCCGGUGAAACACCGCCGUUCCUCAAAAAGAAAAUGCCCCGUCCCAAAGGUCAGCACUCGGCUCCUCGGGGUGGCCCACCCCGUUCGUGGACGAAUGCGGAGCUCACUGAAGCGCUGCAGCACGUUUGGAAUAAGAAAAUGACCACGUCGCAGGCCUCCCGUAUCUUUGGCAUACCCUACAACUCGCUGCUGAUGUAUGUUCGCGGCAAAUACGGCAAGAGUCUGAAGCUGGAACAGCUACGCAAAGAUUGUAUUAGCGGCCCGCCUUUGGAGCUGUUGCAAAUGGGUGUGAAUUCUUCUUCGUCGAAUUCGAGUAGCAAGAAUUCGUCAGAGACUAGGGAGCAGAAGGAGGCGCGGAAGGAGGCUCAACGAAAUAGCAACAACUCGACGAAUGCCAACGACAUGGAUUUGGUUUGUGGCGGUCCCAUGGCAGGUUCAGGGCCACGCAGUUCCAGCUCGGAGCCCGACCUGUUGGGAGGACCGAAUUCCCUUUUCAAUCCCUUCAAUCCCCAAGGAUUCUAUCCCGAUUUCCCGGGAGGUUUUCCGGGCCUUCCCCUAAGUAUGUUGAACCUGUUACCUCCCUCGGAAAGACAGCAUGCAGCUGCCGCCGCUGCGGCCAUGCACCAUUCCAUGGUCAUGGAUGAAGACUGCAAAUCCGACCGCUCUAAGCAAUCUUCCUCCGUAGACGACGAGUUCUCAAUGGGUCGCGAGGACCGCCACCGUCACAAUGAGCUCAUGCCAGCCAACAACUCAUCCACCUCCUCACUGUCCCAACAAAAUGGCGCUGGGCAAGAUUGAAAUUUGUGGCGGGACUGGGCGAACAACCCGCUUGUAUUCCCGCCGCCAGAACACAAUGGAUUUGACCUUGUACCGCCACCACCUCACAACCUGUCUCAACUACCCACGCCGUCAUCAAACCACCCCGACGCUAGCGAUGGUGGUCUGCGUUGUGCAAUAAGCCGAAGCGGAAGUGCCCCCGAUGAAGACAAGGACCAUUUUCGUCCGCAUAUUUUCAAGGAAUUCAAUCAAAAUCUCUACAUGGCUCGUAAGAAGCUGCGACGUUAUCGGAAAAGGCAUCUAAGAAUGCACGAAAUGCACCCCUCAAGUAUGGAUAGCAGCUACAGCACCAAGGCCAACAUGCCUGGCGACACCUACCUGGGCAUGCAGUCGCCGGCAGUGGUCAGGACAUAAGCAACGUGGAAAUGCUCAAGGUCGCCCAUGGGCUGGAUAUCUGUAGAACUAUAAAUUAGCCAAUAACAAAACCAACAACAACAACAACUGUGACUUAAUGUGUAAUUAAUUUGCAAUAUUUUCUCCCCUAACCUCUAGCCUAGGCAUAUAUACAAUUUUAGAAAUGUUUCCUUUGUAAAAAUACACAAACACACACACACAGAUACACAUAAACGAAUACAAAGACAAAUAAUACCCGUAUGUAUAUGUAAGGCUGUUUAUUUUAAGUUUUCUUCCAUUUCCGAACAACGAUUCACCCUUUUUUUAGUUUGGACCGAAGAGCUUGUUCUUUGGUAUUUUUAGUUCCUAUAUCUCCCAUAUUUAAGUAGAUGCUUAUUUAAUUAAUAUUUUUAUUUUUUUUUUUUUUGUUUUCCAAUCGCAGGCAGGGCUUACAAAGCCCGAGUGUGAUUUUGUCCCCAAUUUAAAAUGCUUUAUUAUGUUAGAACAAAAGUUAUGUUUUCGUAUAAAUCAAAAUCGGCUUGUAAAUAGUACGAAGAGAAGCGAGUAGAAUAAAAACUAGAUCUAAGACGCCCAAGGUCCCGACGACAAUGCUGGACCAAGGACAACAACACAGAAUAGUAUUAUGACAGUACCAAAACUCAACGAUAUCGCCCCUCCCCUCCCAUUCUCCCAGCAAUUGUAGAAAAUGACAAAUAAUCGUAUAUACACACAUACACAUAUUUACAAAUACUCAGAUACAAGUUACUUUAAUUUAUGCACAAAACCAACAACAAAUAAAUCAACAUAGAUAUAGUAGUAAGAAUUGUAUGAAUUUAGUUUAAUGUUUAGCAAAUAGGCAAUAAAGCAUAACCACUCCAACAUACACACAAACCCAUUUAAUACAUACAUACAUACAUACAAAUAUUCGUGUACAGAAAAUACAAACAUAAACCAAUUUUAAAAAGCAAAACCUGACUUGUGACUUUUUUUUCUACUUUACUUUUUGUACAGAGAACAGUAAAGGACUUCCUUAAUUAAACCAAAAAGGGACUUAAUACUCGCUAAAUUAAAUAAAGAAUAAAAAUCGAAUAUGGAAUGUGGAGUGCGGAGUGCGGACUGUGGUCCCGCACUCCAGCAACCCCCCUCAACAUGAAGACGAAUGAAGUCUUUUCAUGAAAGUGAAAAACAAAAAAAAACAUCAACAAAUAUGGUAUACGCUGUAGAACGAAAACGCCACAAAUACAAAAUCGAGAAAGAAGUAGCACUCUUUCCGAACCCCUUCAUGUACAAAUCAGAAUAGUAAGAAUUCCAAUUGACGCACCUUGCAAGCUAGGCAAGAAAGCGAACUCUGAAUUUAUUAGAAACUAAAUAGGCAAAGCAAGGCUAAUUUGGGUACCGCCGUUCGUGGUCGGCGGACAUCAGGCUGAUUGGUUAACCGAAACACACUCACACCUACAACUCCUUACAAUUUGAAAACAG